AUGGCUGAAAGUGACAACCAGUUCCUUGUGCUCGGAGCUUGUCUCUCAGCGCUUGGACGCUUGGAGACAUUUCCUGACUCUUCAUGGGAAGCUGUACGAGUAUGUGCGGUCGAAAUUGCCGCUAAAGUCCGUCCAGUGGUGGUGGCUGUCUUGAAAGAGGUCCAGGAGGCCACCGUGGAGCUCUAUGGUUUUGUGGUGGCUGCAUUCAGAGCUAUCAAGCAAUGGUUUGCCUGCAAGGAACAGGCCAGCCACGAGCAUGAUGAACAGGCGCGAAAUGCUUGGUGCAAACGUGUCGUUCUCAUCGUGACAGUAAAGUCGAGUAGGUCCUACAAGGCAAUCAAGGACGCCAUAGGAAUUGAUAACGACUCUCCCCCCUUUACUCGGGCCUGCAGCCAGACUGAGUCACUUCCACCACCACCCUCAUUCAUGCGCCAUUUUGCCAAAUUCGAACACGGAUCGUUCUUCGGGCUCGUCGGCCCCGAUAUGACUGACAAGGAAGGUGGUGGUGUCUGCUGGGAAGAGGAAAAGGUCCGAAGCAUAGAUGGGAUCGAAGAGGUCGGGUUGGUCACUUACGAUAACGAAGCAAUAAUUGAGUCAUUUUACAACCCCCUGCGAAAAGCAUGGGGAAGAUAUGACACUAUCUGGUGGAACUGUACUGAUUUCACCAUCCGACUAGCAUGUAUGAUUCUGCCAGACCCUGACCACAAGCAGCUCCUGCGACGACUGCUGCUAUUUGUCUGUGACUCUCGCCUGUGGGCUCUCAAGUACGCCUUAACAAAUCGCACGGGAGAAUGUUUACGACGGGCUGGGCUGGUGCCAUGA